GCGCGAUGAAUUCAAAUCGAGUCCUACGACGGAACAAGACCUGGGUAAAUCGCGGAAGGAGCCGGCAACGCCGCCGACUUCCAUCAUAUCGCAACUUCACCACUUUGCAGUAAACACGGGCGUGAGACGCCAACUAUGACAUUAAAGUGCCGUCCACUUCCGUCGUGACAGACGUCCAGAUGCCACUUCUUGCGCGAAAUGCUUGACAGUGACAGUGCGGGCAGGGACUAAACUCGCGAGUAGGUCGUUUCGGUGAAUAUGGUUCAUUCAACUUACGCGCAAGGUCAUGUUAUGGGAGGUCGGGACACUAGCCCGCUAGGCAUCCCCAAGUCGCCGUCUUUCCACAGCGGUCUGGACCUGGUGGCCUCGGCCAGCGUGGACUCCCUGAAGGCGGCCCAGGCGUCGCUCGAGCAGCAGGAAGCCACCGGGUUCCCGUGCAAGAUAUCCUUCUAUAAUGUCAUGGCGGUCAACUCGAAGGCUGGCGUCGCCGUAGGCGAGAUGGCCUUGAGGAACGGUGUCGGCGGAUUGUCGCAGUUGACGAUGCCCCCCGCUCAGAAGAAUUCUACGGCCGUGCGUACGAUGCAGUCAAUGGGACAGUUACCUCUGCUCAAAGAUGCUGCGCCAGCUGACAGGGAGGAAUUAUUUGUGCAGAAACUCAGACAGUGUUGUGUCCUUUUCGAUUUUGCGACGGAUCCCUUGUCGGAUCUCAAAUGGAAGGAAGUCAAACGGGCCGCCCUUCAGGAAAUGGUGGAGUAUGUUACACAACAAAAAGGUGUUAUCACCGAAACAAUAUACCCUGAGGCUGUUAAUAUGUUUGCUGUGAAUCUUUUCCGUACCUUGCCACCAUCUUCUAACCCGAAUGGUGCUGAGUUCGAUCCAGAGGAAGACGAACCUACAUUAGAAGCGGCGUGGCCCCACUUGCAACUAGUUUAUGAGUUAUUUCUUAGAGUAUUAGAAGCACCUGAUUUUCAACCAAAUAUAGCUAAGCGAUACAUUGACCAAAAAUUUGUUUUGCAAUUAUUAGACUUAUUUGACUCGGAGGACCCAAGGGAAAGGGACAUGCUGAAGACGACCCUCCAUAGAAUAUACGGGAAGUUUUUAGGACUGCGGGCUUUCAUACGCAAACAAAUAAAUAACGUAUUUUAUAGAUUUAUAUACGAAACCGAACACCACAACGGCAUAGCGGAAUUACUAGAAAUUCUCGGGUCUAUAAUCAACGGAUUUGCUUUGCCCCUAAAGGAAGAACACAAGGUGUUCCUUCUCAGAGUUCUGAUGCCUUUACACAAAGUCAAAUCCCUUUCAGUCUACCAUCCACAGCUGGCCUACUGCGUCGUACAGUUCUUGGAAAAGGACCCGUCACUAACCCAACCGGUUAUUCGUAGCCUGCUUAAGUACUGGCCGAAAACCCAUAGUCCCAAGGAAGUGAUGUUCUUGAACGAGCUAGAGGAAAUCCUGGACGUAAUCGAACCCGCGGAGUUUCAGAAGGUGAUGGGGCCGCUGUUCAGGCAGCUCGCGAAGUGCGUCAGUUCGCCCCACUUUCAAGUGGCCGAACGGGCUUUAUACUACUGGAACAAUGAGUACGUCAUGUCCUUGGUAUCUGAAAACGCAACGGAGAUCUUACCGGUCAUGUUUCCGAGCUUGUACAGAAAUUCAAAGAGUCACUGGAACAAAACGAUCCAUGGCCUCAUCUAUAACGCCCUGAAACUGUUCAUGGAGAUGAAUCAAAAGCUCUUCGAUGAGUGCACCCAGCAGUACCGACAGGAAAGACAGAAAGAGAGGGAAAGGCAACAUCAGCGUCAGGAGUUGUGGGUGAAAGUGGAGACAUUGGCCUCUCGGAGACCCGAAUACGAAGUAAUAAAAAGUAGAAAUGCUGAAAUAAACAAUAUUGUUGGUAGUCCCGAUCCUGACGAUGAGGUUAACCUAGAUAAUUUAGAAACAGAAGCCCAAGAGGUAAAAAAGGCACGAAAUUCAAAUAAGCCCUUAGUUCGCCGUAAAUCAGAGCUCCCACAAGAUCAGUACACAAUCAGAGCUCUCUCGGAUCACAAACGAGCAGACGAAUAUCUAACGACACCACCAGAUGUAAACAAGUGCUAGUCCAUUCUUACACUUUAGUGAGCUUAGUGCCAACAUAUUUUAUACACCCGUACACCCAUAUUGGUUUUUUUUCGAGUUAAGGAAAUCACAUUUCAAUUUUAGGUAUUUAUUUAUUAUUUAAUUAUUUUAAUUGUCUUUAAUUUUAGAGUUCACUGUGAAAGGGGUCCCUUUUUAAUAAAUUUUGAAAACUAUUGAUAUUUUUAUGUAGAAUAUAGUUCUUACAGUUUUUGCAAUGGUAUACAUAAAUGGUAUUAGAUUUUUAGACUAGAUGAAAUUUAGGUAAUCGUAUCAGUUGUGAUUUCUAUAGUUUUUAUUUUAGACAAAUUAACUUUUUACUAUUAUUUAUGUCUUGUAUUUAUUACCGAACGUAUCAUAUCUAGAUGUAUUCAGAUAUCAGACUAAAUUUUUGGUGCAGGCAUUUACAUUUCGGUUUGAACUCUGGCUUGUAGGCGUUGCGUUACUUUGUAAUAAUUGUUUUAAUUGCGAUGAUUGUAAAAUACCUUUUAGCGUACUAAUAUCAAAAUAAAACCUGCACACAGAUCUAUUUUGCUUAGUACUUCAGAUAGAAACGAGGCUAGAUAUUCAGUGUAGUAGUUCAAAUGUACCAUCAGAUUAAAUACCUUUUGUUUUUCAUUUUGCACAUUCUGCCGAUGAAGUAGUCGAGAGUAAAUGCUAAUAAAUGGAUGAUAAUGUAGAAAAGAGUAGAUGAACUUACCUACAUAGGUUUUUACAAUGAACACUAAAGAUAUGGAAUACAAUACUAUUAUUGUAAAUAUUUUGCAACUUUUUUGUUUACAAAAUUUGUUUUCAUUUGAAAAAUUUUUCUUUUUAUGCGAUACUGCUUUUCAUUAAAUGCGUAAAAAAAAUAUUGCUGAAGUUUUUCCAUAUGGACAGUGAAAAAUUUUUUUUUGGUAAAAUCAAAAUGGGCAUACGUAUUAUUGGACUUAUUUCAGAUUUUUAGUGCUCCUUGCUUUAGAAAAUGACGUUAGAACUUGUCUUUGUCUUUGCAAAGAACCCCUAAAAGCUUUUUUCUUAAAUAAUUUUUUUAUAAUCAACCAGCCCUUUAAAUAGUUAAAUGCAAAAUGAAAAUCAAAAUAUGAUUAUUUCCCUGCUAUGACUCAAGUGUUAUAUCAUAUGUCGCUAUACAGAGUGUCUGAAAUAAAUGAAAUCAAACAAUUCUAAAAUUUUGAAGUGUUUUUUUCAAAUAUAUUGUUUGUUUUGAUACUUCAAAGCAUUUGAGAUUGCUAAAUACUCAUAAAAUUAUAUUAUUCGUAAUAAUUUGUAAAGUGAUAGGUUUUGGACAAUCUGUAUCUGCAUACAUAUGUUGUUAUCUGGUAGAUCCAGACAGAGGCCUUUUACGAAACUAAAUUUAAUAAUAAAAAAAAAUUUUUAGUUUGUAUUAUAUAUAUUUAUUUUUGUAAUUUUUGUAUGCUAAUGUUCUCUUUAAUAAUUUCGAACAUUUGAAUAAAUGGGGUAGCGCUGACAGUUCUCAAGACUUAGUUGUUUUGUGUGUGGCACUUGCUUUGGAUGUGUUAAAAAAAAAGUGAAAGAAGAACUAUAUAUUAUUAGUUAUAUUAAUAAACCGCAAAAAGUGCGUACCUAUGUAGUGUUGUAACUCGAAAUACAUUCAAUAACUAAUUUUAAGGAUAUAUUUUUUAUGUUUAAAUUAAACAUGGAAGGAAUGUGUAUAUAUGGAAUAGGAGUUGAUAUUAUGUCUUAGACAGUAUUUUUUUAAUGUACAGCUUUGCUUUGUCAAUGAUAUUGAAAUAUUAUAAAUAAUUAUUAAAUAAUUUACACUGA